ACCUGCUUCCUCGGCAGUCAGCAUCACCCACAUGCAUGCGUUAUGGACACAACCAAAUCCUAUACUGUCUUUUUAUUUGUUUAUUUUUUGCGUUGUCUUUUGACUAGUGUGUUGAAGCAUCUUUUUAUUUGUGCCGCAGCCAAAGUAAGAAACUAACUUGAGCAUACCAUGGAGAAGCAGAGAAGUUUCUCCUUCAAACCCACAAGACUAUUGGUCUUUACCUUCACAAUCCCUUCCUCUGUCAUCUUCUUCACCUGCUUUACCGUUUGGGUCAUCAGAGGCACCCCUUCAGUUCCCCAAGAGAUCCAUUUCCAGUUCAAUCAGUCCUCCCUCAGUUUGGGUUUCAGACCCUUAACUGUUCAUGUUCAGAAAUUACCUGCUCCCAGUGACAAUUCUUCGGCAACUGUAGAGAAAAGUUUCAUUUUGCUUGAUAUUCCUUAUAGUAGACAUGAAAAUACGACUGGGUCUGGCUCGAUUUCAGUAUCUGGUGGGCUACAGAGAAAGGAACAUGGGCCCAGAGUUUCAGUAGUUGGAGGCGGCAAAGGUGAUGAUGGGUUGGAAGGUAAAUUGUCAACAUUGCUAGGGAGUACAUCCCAGACUUCCUCUGAGAAAAUUGAAGUUCCAAGUGGUAAAAGGGGUAAAGAGAAGAGGAUUGGAGGGACUUCAUCCAAGAAUUUUGUAGUUUCAAGUAGAGAGAAGGUUGAACAGAAGAGAGUAAAAGAUUGCGAUUUGACAAAUGGGAGAUGGAUUUAUGAUGAGAGCUAUCCUUUGUACACAAAUGUUUCAUGUCCUUUCAUAGAUGAAGGUUUUAAUUGUGGGGCUAAUGGAAGAUUGGACAAGAUCUAUAUGAAGUGGAGAUGGCAACCCCACGAUUGUGAAAUUCCAAGGUUCAACGCAACAAAAAUGCUGGAAUCGAUCAGAGGGAAAAGGCUAGUUUUUGUGGGCGAUUCAAUCAAUAGGAAUCAAUGGGAAUCCAUGCUUUGUAUGUUAAUUGGCGGUAUUGGAGAUCCAAAGAGGGUCUAUGAGACCCAUGGACGAAGAAUUACUAAAGAGAAGGGAAAUUACAGUUUCAAGUUUGUGGAUUAUAAGUGUACAGUGGAAUACUAUAUCACUCAUUUUUUAGUUCACGAGAGUAAAGCUAGAAUAGGCCAGAAACGAGUGCAGACCUUGCAAAUUGAUAAAAUCGAUCGUGGGACAUCAAGAUGGAGAGGAGCUGAUAUUUUGGUCUUCAAUACUGCACAUUGGUGGUCACAUUACAAAACCAAAGCAGGGGUCAAUUACUACCAGGAAGGGAACCAAGUUCAUCCUCGGCUCGAUGUUCCCACAGCUUUCAGAAGAGCUCUGAUGACUUGGGCAUCAUGGGUUGAUAAGUACAUCAAUCCCAGAAAAACCCGAGUUUUCUUUCGGAGUUCGGCACCUUCCCAUUUCAGGGGAGGACAAUGGAAUUCAGGUGGGCAUUGUGAGGAAGCUACUCAACCCCUCAACAAAACUUCAAUCACCAGCUACCCUGAGAAGAAUAUCAUUGUAGAGCAAGUCAUAAAGCAGAUGAAAACUCCUGUGACUUUCUUGAAUAUUACUCAUUUGUCAGGGUAUAGGAUAGAUGGUCAUCCAUCAAGAUAUGGAGGAAAACCAGGAAAGCGUUCUUCUUCAAAAAUUCAAGAUUGUAGUCAUUGGUGUCUUCCUGGUGUUCCUGAUACGUGGAAUGAGAUUUUGUAUUUUCUUCUGCAAUCUAAUACAUGGUAAUCUCGUCUUGUUUCUAAA